UGACGAGGCAAAGAUGCCUUCGGACAUUUUAUUAAAUUCCUUGGCGCUAAGGUGGGCUCGGGGAACGGGGGGGGAUGGAGGUUGCAUGAGAGUGAAACGCCUCUGAUCAUCUUUACUGAUCCUGCCGUCAAGAGCCGUUCUGCUGCGGCUGCUGCUUCCGCUGCUGUCUCUCGCCGCAAAGGCGCUCCGGGCAGCUUCAGAGCAGGCGCACGGAACGGGAGUGGCUUAGCCCGGGCGAACGGAAAAAGCUCGAUACGUGCGGGGAGUGGAGAACACAAGGAUAAAGGAGCGACGGCGAUGUGCUCGUACGGUAUGAGCGUUUACAACAAUAACAAGAAUGUGGCUGGCGUUCCGCGAUCUUUUUCCAGUGAAAAUCAAAGAUGAAGAAGAGUAUGAGCAGGUCUUGGUUGCAGAUCCACAGAGCCGUGGAGCUCCAGAAUGCAGUCAGGAUGCGAUCGCUCCUCCACUUGAUUGCUCUAAACCUUACUGUGUCCAGAUGGUUUAUGGAGAUCUGCUGACUGAUCCGGGAGAGACCCUAUCAAAUACAAAAACCCAGUGUAGUAGUCCUGGAGCUGAGAAGGAAUGCUACAGCCCCAAAGCUAAAAGGAGGAGAGGGUCUGGUUCACAAAUGGGCAUCACGGUGACAGAAUGCAAUGAAGAGUCAGAGGGAGAAGAAGUUUCUAAUGUCCUUUAUGAAUGCCAGCCUCAGUACGAUCAGGAACAUGCAGUUUCUGAAGAUUUAUACAGCAUCGAUCAACAGAGAACUCUGGGAGAGAUACUCAGCUACUGCCAGAUUAUGUAUGAGGCUAUCCAGAAACUUGAUCAGAAAUUUGACCAGCUGCAAGCAAAGGUGAUGAAUGUGUCGGCAGUCGAUUUGAAUCCAGUGCUGUUUCGACAGAAGCCACAGCUGCCUGCUAGCAAUGGACACCCUCAGGUCAGGACAGAGACCUCUCCGGUGUCAGACGGCAGUCUGCCGAUGCCCCAGCUCAUGCCGGUGUGUUCCCCUUCCCCACCGCCUCAAGGCGAAGGGAAGAAGCCCCCCCCACUCUCUCCAGCCCCCAGGGUCCCCAGCCCCCCACCACUGCUCCAUCAGCAAGGACAGCAGAGCCGGCCAGGCCAGGCGACCGUCUCCGCGCAGGGCACACCCUCCACCCGCAGGGCCACGGGGAGUCUGAAGAACACCCCCCCAGCCGCGGAGAACACCGGAGCCAAAGGCAGCCGCAAGAGUCCUUCCGGGGCCCCCCCCAACACCAAAACAGAGCUGAUUGGAGACCCCCGGAGGCAGGUGAGGAUCCCCAGCAGUGUGUUGCAAAAAGUGUCCAACAAGAAGAACCCGAGGAACAUGGUGCGCUUCCUUCUGCGCGGCCUGUUCUCCGUGGAAACCCUCACCUCCAGCAACAUCAUGGGGGACUCAGUGAGGGGCCUGAAGAAGCUCGACCCCAACAAAAUCGCUGCGAUGAGAGAGUGGCUUUCAAAAAAGUUUACACGAUACGACCUGAGAGAAAAUGGUAGAGAUUGGAGAGCCUGCAUUUCCAUCAUGAACUCGACGGCAAGAUACCUUCGCUUUGAAGCUAAGAAAAACAAGCAUAAACAACAAAAUGAAAAGUUCAAAGAAGGACCCCCCGACAAAGACGAGAGGGAGGCACCUGCUUUGGAAGAAACAGCAGAGAUCGAUGUGGAGCUGGAGUCUGACAGUGAGGGAGGCAGCCCGUCUAUUUCUUGCAAAUCCAGCACCUCUCAGGUGCAUCAGAGGGCAUUGGACAGCAGCUCAAGGCUGAACCAGAAGAAGGACAAGACGGAGUCUGAGGAAACUCUGGAGUUCCUUGGGGAUCCCUCACGGCAAGUCAUGGUGCCACAGUACGCACUGCUGACGGCUCGGCUGAGGACCAGGCCCGAGCUGGCGGCUCGCUUUCUCAUCAAGUACCUGUUUCCCUACGACUUGCUGGUGAAGAGCAAUGUUUAUGGCAACAGGGAGCGUGGAAUUCUGGCUCUGGACAGGAACAGGAUCAGCGCACUCAGAGAGCACCUUAAAGAGCAGUAUCCCUGGUUUCUUUUAGAGGAGGACGGACAGGACUGGAAGGCUUGCGUGGGCGCCAUUAACAGCACCAUCCGCAAAUUCAGGCACGAACUUAAAAAGGGCAAGAUGGUCAAAUAGAGCUUCUGAACGCUACUGUACCUGUAGCCUGGCAAGGACCUGGGACCACAUGGCUCGUCUCAGCACGGCUCCAGCAGGUUUCACACAGCUCAGGUUCCAUUGUGAAAUCUGGGGCCCUGGGAUCCAUAUUGUUACAACUUAGCAGAGUCGGGAAAAAGACUGAUUGUUAGGUCAAAUGUGAGGCACAUACUGUAUGUACUGUACUUGGCUUUCUCCAAAACAAAUCUUAUGAUGAAUUAGAAUCGAAGCUGGAUAAAACACACAUUUAUUAACAAUAAUAAUAAACAUAACUACACAACCCAGAGCGUUACAUAUGUCUAUGCGUUUCAGAGGCCUAUGUCCUGCAGAACCAGAAGGCUAGAAUUCUACCCUUUGUGCAACACCUAAACAAGCGAAAAGAGAAUAACCUGCAUCCAAAGAAAUGGAUCAUCACACCAAGAACAUUUCUAGUCUGAGAGCUCCACUCUACAGGAAAUGUACAUAAGUAGGACUGCUAGCUCUCUGUAAUAAUGUUCCGAUUACUUAACCAGAAUUUGGUCUCCAAGACUGAUCAAAACAAGGUCCUCUACCAUGUCACAAGCUUGGAGGGAGAGGAGGGUGAUGGUAAGACUCCCUCUGUGUCUACUUCCUCUCUAGUUUCUUCUUCCUAACUUCUUCCCUGUAUUUAUGCUGUGUUCUAUAGCCGUUAUCCUCUAUUAUAAGUAUAAGGAUUAGCCAUGAAUUUACAGUAAUUAACUAGAGUAAACCAUCAGAAACACCCUUUGAUCAUCUGUUUUCCUGCCUCUCCUUGGGCAUACUGACUUGUUAGCUUGCAGACUUUACUUGUGCCAGCAGGCGAGUCAUUUGGCUGACAUUCAGUGCAUGUACUUCUCUCUCCUCAGUUAUUCACUCCACUUCUGUACUUGACAGAGCCAUUUAAUGAGCUGCUUAGCACACGUUUAGGAAUUCCUUUGACUGUUUCAUGCAAUAAUUUCUAAAAGGUGUAGCCCUGGUAAAUAAUAACUAUUUCACAACCUGAGCAUCACAUGGGCCACAGAAGAAUAAGAAAAGGGGGGGCUUCAAACUUUGUCGCUUCACAGCGGUGUGGACAGUAAGAUGAGGAGGCGCAGGAGGUGUUUGUGCAUGAUCAUCUGCUUACAUUUUUUGUAUUUGUGCAUGUGUAAAUGAGCUUGAAUCCUCGUGGUGAAAGAUUUAUUCAGGAAACGUUGUUAAUCCCACCAUGAGUUUUGGGAUUUCUAUGCAAUUUUAUUCACUAGCUAGAUAAAUAGCCCACCUUGUGUUAUUUAUCAGAUUUUAGUACAAAUUAUGACCAUGUGCAACAUUUGCUGUUAGUAAAGUACCUUUUCUAUGCUUA